CCUCAUCAAACCAUUUAGCCUCUCCACACUCACAAAGGGCUCACAAAUCACAAAUACAAAACCAUGAAGAACAUACUCGCUUGCAUAGUCACCAUCAUAACCCUCUCAAACCUCAUAACCACUUCUCAAGGAAGAAGGGUAUUACAGUCAUUUGAGACAUUCGAGUACACAGCAAUUACUUGCAGAUCCCACAGUGCCUCUAUAACAGAGUAUGGUGGCGUCGGAGACGGCAAGACGCUAAACACAAAGGCCUUCCAGAGCGCCGUCGAUCAUCUCAGCCAAUACUCAUCUGACGGCGGUGCUCAGCUCUUUGUACCCGCCGGAAAAUGGCUCACCGGUAGUUUCAACCUCACAAGCCAUUUCACUCUGUUUCUUCACAAAGACGCAAUUCUUCUCGCUGCUCAAGACUUAAACGAAUACCCAAUUCUAAAGGCUUUGCCUUCUUACGGACGAGGACGUGACGCCGCCGGUGGAAGAUUCGCUAGUCUCAUCUUCGGAACUAAUCUCUCCGACGUAAUUAUCACCGGGAACAACGGUACCAUCGACGGUCAAGGAUCGUUUUGGUGGCAAAAAUUCCACGGUGGCAAGCUAAAAUACACUCGCCCGUACCUGAUUGAGUUAAUGUUCUCGGAUACAAUUCAGAUUUCAAAUCUAACGUUCCUUGAUUCUCCAUCGUGGAACAUCCACCCAGUGUAUAGUAGCAAUAUCAUCGUGAAAGGCGUUACGAUCAUCGCUCCGGUGAAAUCUCCGAACACCGACGGAAUCAAUCCAGAUUCUUGCACGAACACGAGGAUCGAAGACUGUUACAUAAUCUCCGGCGACGAUUGCAUCGCCGUGAAAAGCGGAUGGGACGAAUACGGAAUCUCAUUCGGAAUGCCGACGAAGCACCUCGUGAUCCGUAGAUUAACCUGUAUCUCACCUUACAGCGCCGCGAUCGCUCUCGGAAGCGAAAUGUCCGGCGGAAUCGAAGACGUGAGAGCGGAAGAUAUCACCGCAUACCAAACAGAAUCCGGCGUACGGAUAAAAACCGCCGUAGGAAGAGGAGCUUUCGUGAAGAACAUAUACGUUAAAGGAAUGAAUCUACACACGAUGAAAUGGGUUUUUUGGAUGACCGGAAAUUACAAAGCUCAUGCUGAUUCUCAUUAUGAUCCUCACGCUCUACCGGAGAUAACCGGGAUUAAUUACAGAGAUAUUGUAGCUGAGAAUGUUUCUAUGGCGGGAAGGUUAGAGGGAAUCUCUGGAGAUCCUUUUACUGGGAUUUGCAUUUCGAAUGCAACGAUUUCUAUGGCGGCUAAACAUAAGAAAGCGAUUUGGAUGUGUAGUGAUGUUGAAGGUGUUACGAGUGGUGUUGAUCCUAAGCCUUGUGAUUUGCUUGAUGGACAAGAAUCAGAGACGAAGAAGAAGAUGAUUGACGGUGGAUGUGAUUUUCCGACUGAUGUGUUGGAGAUUGAUAAUGUUGAGCUUAAGACUUGUAGUUAUCAAAUGAGUUAGCGAUGUUGUAAUCUAAAACAUAAUUUCAAAUUUACUAAUUUCUCUGCAGAGAUUAUCUGUGAGAACAAGUAUAUGUGUUGUAUCCAUAGAAAGUGAACAAAUCAAAGUGAGAUUGGGAGAUGAAACAGAGAAGCUGAGACUCAAUGAUUACUUGUUCACAAAGAAACAGAAUCAACACAGGAAGUUGGA